UUACUGUGUAUGCUUUAUAGGCUGUACUUAGGAUGUUGGGUGAGAUUGGAAGUAUUGACAAAAUACCGGAGUUCAUUGAGGGUGUGAAGAACAGGAAGCGUAAGAUGUCAGGUUUUGGGCAUCGUGUCUACAAAAACUAUGAUCCCAGAGCAAAGGUCAUCAAGAAACUUGCAGAAGAAGUCUUUUCCAUUGUUGGUCGAGAUCCUCUGAUUGAGGUGGCAAUAAAUUUGGAGAAAGCUGCCUUAUCGGAUGAGUAUUUUGUGAAGAGGAAGUUGUAUCCAAAUGUUGAUUUUUAUUCUGGGUUAAUUUAUAGGGCCAUUGGUUUUCCCACGGAGUUCUUCCCCGUUUUGUUUGCAAUUCCUCGAAUGGCUGGUUAUUUAUCUCACUGGCGAGAGGCUCUGGAUGAUCUCGACACAAAGAUCAUGCGACCUGCACAGGUGUACACUGGUGUAUGGAUGCGGCAUUAUAUGCCACUGAAAGAACGGAUGGUAUCAAUUGAAGCUGAUAGACUUGGUCGAGUGUCCGUCUCUAAUGCUACCAGGAGGCGGCUUGCAGGAUCUGAGGCCUAGGCUCUUGAAUUUUCUUCUUUAGAUUGUCAUAUUCACAAUGGUGAAAAGAUGAGUAAUAAUUUUUACCGGGCUGAGGUCAUUUUUCUAGGUCGGUGAGGAAAAUAAGCUUUUAUUAAUUAUUAGGCAACUUAAGACUGAUAAUUUACACUGCUGCAUAGAGCAAAAAGUGUAAAUAGUUGUCUUUAAACACUGAGCUGUGAUAAUAAUGAACGUGUGGAUUUCUUAUUUCGCUAUGGUAAACCAUCUUUCUGGUCACAUGAGGCUUAUCAAUAUCAGUUGCAACUUUGAAUUCA